UAAAAGAGAUGUCAUGUUUUUUCAGUUUGAUGUCUCAGUUCGUCAUUCAAUCAGGGAAGCUUUCCUCACCUCUGGGCGAGUGGCUGCUUUUCAAGCUGUAACAGACGGCAUGUACCAUGGGCUACCAGCCAUGAGCAAUGCUGUGUGCAGCAGUAUCUAUGGGCUGCUGCUCCCCCUGCCACAGCCACUGAACCCACACAGUGACAGAGCCAAUGCACUGUUUCCCUGGAGAACCUUUUUAGCAAGAGAAGGACUAUUCCCAGUUAUGAUCAGCAGCCUGCACAACAUUGAGUCCAAUAUGCAGAUGUGCUUGUGUGGCCUGAGUGACCUUGAGCGGAGUAUUGCUAAUGGUGAGCUGCUUGGUGUCUCGUUACUAAUCGAAGAACUUGUCCAGAGUGGUAGGGGCCCCUCCACCUCCAUCGAGAAGGACCAAAGUCUCUGUGAGCAGCCUGUGUCUGACAAUGAGCAGUCUUUACAGAAAGAAUCAGCGACUGCAGAAGAGGAAGGCAGGAAACAAUCUCCAGUUAGCAGCACCAUGCCCUCCCCCAAAACUCUGCCCAAGUCAGGAGAUCUUAUAUCAGCAUACACAGCAUGUAAAUCUUUCCUGGUAUUGUGGAAACAACUUGAGGUAUUCAAGGAGGAAUGGGGCAGGCUGAAGCUUGGUGUAGACAAUAUCAACUCUAUGGACCUUUACAAACAGUUCUGCAGGAUGUACAGAGUGGAAAUAGUUUACCCAACUAUGAAAGCAAUAGGCAGACGGUUUGAUGUUGAAGACGAAUAUGAGAGAUUAUUGAUGGACAAUCAGCCACUGCUUCCACCAAAGGGGGCAUCGGAAGUGGAAAUAAAAACUCUACAGCUUCAUAAAAUACUUGAAAGUAUGGAAUGCCACAUGAUCUAUGAACUUCAGAAGAAAGUUGCAAAGGAGAUGACCCUUGUCAUGUCAGAACGAGCACGGGAGGAUGCAACUCUGCCAACAGAUCUGUGGAAACGGUCAGUCAUGAAGGAAUGUUUUUCAGUGGCCAGACCUCAAAUUGUUGAAAAUUUUGUGCAAAAACUCAUGGAACAUUCCCAAGAGAGCCAUAAAGAGAUCAUUUUCAAUAAAGAUCAUUUAAGAGACUGCCUUACGAAUCUGGAGGGUGAAGUCAUGGCAAGGGAACGCAGUAACUUUGAGACGUAUUCCAUGUGUUAUGAAAAUAUCCUUCGUCAGGAGCAUCAGCUGCUUUACCAAAAGGAACAGGAAACCAAGAGGAUGCAGCACUCUUCAACACCAUCUGGAGGUGCUGACUGCCAAUUAGCAGAUCUCAGUCACGAGAUGAUUAUAGAAAUCACAGCUCUGCGAGCGAAGCUGACCAGCCUGGAGGAAGAAAGUGCACGGCUGAAGAAGGAAAUUAGGAAGGAAAUGAAUCAGGAGUACGAUGCUUUGGUCAGACAUCUAUUUGCAUCCUGCUUUGCACUAAAGGUGAAUCUGGACAAAUACCACAUCAACAUGAACAAAACUGUCUACGAGCUGAUCGGUGACGUGAGAAGGGAGGCAGUGGAAAACAUAAUUACCCUCAAGAAGAAGGUUGGCUCUACAAAAGAAGAUGAUACAUUAAAAGGGAACCUGGCAAGACAAGAGCAGCUGCAGUGUUUGCGGGACGAGAACAGUAGACUGGAACAGCUGGUAUGUAAGCUGAAGAUCAUUAACUGCUGGCGUCAAACUGUAAAACAGGAGCAGUUCCAGAGAUCACGGAGUGCCUUGGAGCAGGAAGUAAUUAAGACCAAGAAGGAUUAUCUGAACAUUAAAAUGUUUGCAGAAGAGGAGGUGAUUUUACUGCGACAGCAACUUGAAGCUGUCAGAAAAGCUCUGGCCAAGUCUCAGGCUGAGUGUCAGAGAGUGAAGGAAGAACUGGAAAAGGAGAAAUGGCUACUGAAGGAGUACCAGCACAGGACCUCUCAGGAUUUACGGAGCCGGCAGCAGCUGGACAACAUGAAGGCAUCCGACAUGGAGCGACUACUGGAAGACAUGACAGAGAAAGAGCAGCAGCUUCGUCUUUUCACCGACCACUUUGAGAGGUCCUCCAAAAUCGAUCAGAUCCAGCACAGUAAAACCAACAAGGAGAUCAAGCAGAUACGCAGCCAGCUAUCUCAUGAGCGCAACUUGAAGCUCGAUGCCUUCCAGCGUCUUGAUGAAUUACAAAGCCAGGUUUAUGACUUUGAGGCUAUUCUACCACAGAAGAGCUGUGCUUCAGGCACUCAGUCCUCAACAAACACAUCACCAUUGAUUUCCAGGAACUAUUAUCAGACCCCUUUGACCGCAGGCCCAAAGACCAACCAUGCGAGUGGACUCAGCAGUCGUUUGGAAGGAAGAAUGCAAAGGCCAAAGACGGUACCAUACAGACUCCGUAGCAAGGCAGUGGAAUUACCUGUACCAGAUCAUGAGGAGCAAAUACCUCAAAGACUUCUCUUGCAGCUGCUGGAGCUCAGAAUGAAUCGGAAAUAGUCAAGACAACCCAAAGAACUUGCAACUGACAAUCUACAAUUGCAUUAGGAAAGCCGUGAGCUGUGAAGAAAUGCACCACAAGAACCAUCCAUAUGCUUUAUUACUAUUUUUGUAGUUUGAUUUUCUUUUAAAAAUCCAAUGCAAUCAGUUUGUGCUUUAAUGUAGUACACCAGGGAGGGGGAAGAAAAGUUUAAAUCAAAUAAAAGGUGACUUUAUAUUUCCUAUUAAAAA